AUGCUAUUUCUUGCGCCGUCGACCGUCAAGGCAUCCAAGAAGUCGUAUUUGUGCCGCUGGGCUGGCUGCAAGACGUGCGCUGUCGGUCCGGAUGUUGUCACUGUGCACGCCGACUGUCUGGAGGUGUAUCUGGAGCAUGCGGCAAGCUAUGAGGAGCGGAAGGAGCCGACAAAGGAAAAGGUUGGAAAUGAGGACAAGGAAACUGGCAAAGGAGAUGACAAGAAUAAAAAGGAUACAACAGACGAUAAGAAGAUAAACGAAACGGAAAAUGCCGCCCUGCAGCGCCUCUGGAUCGCCUCUUCGUGGCGCACGCCGUGGAAAAAGGCGCCCUUCCUCUCCCUGCUCCAGUGCGACAACGCGCGGAUGUCCAUGCCCAGUCCAGCCUUGUUACACCGCCUUGGUCUGCCUGGUAUGGCGCGCAUGCCACCAGAGCUGGCCAGUACCGUCAGGGACCUGAGCAAGGAUAGUCCUUUGUGGCGGCUCAACGCGGCCGCACGCCUGGCGCUGUCGCUUGCCGAGUACGAGAAGACGGAGACCUACGGUGACGACCCUGCCGCACUGCCCGCGUCUAUCCUACUAUCCGAGGUGGAAGCCUGGGAGAGAGGCCGGCUGCUGGUACGCCGUGUGGUAUCAGACGAGAAGAAACCUGAGUUGGCCGAGGAGACCAUUGCAACGGACAGCUUCAUCCGCCUCGCGAUCGACACGUACGGCCUGCUACACAUCAAGCGGCUGCCGGCCCGUCCGGCCUACAACGGCACCACGUCCGCCGGUAAGCUGGCCUAUACGCUCUGCGAGGCGAAGACACUAAACGGUGCCAUGUUCAUUUCCAGAAUGCUAACGACCCAGCUCGGCCUCGGCCGCAUUGAGCUCCCCGCGGGCCUCCCCGGCCUGCAAAUCUGGGACACGCCUGCGCCGCCGCCCAUCGAGGGCGUCGCUUAUAUGCGAAAACACCUGAAGCGCGUCAGCCCCACGUCGUACCUUCAUGUGGUCGACCUUGAAGCUAUCACCGGUUUGACUCUUCUGUCCGACGGCAACGUGCUAGGCCUCCACGCCCACACAGUCGCCGAGCCAUCCGCCACAGUUACCGCCGCCCGCGUGCGUAAGGAGGGCUACAGUCCGCAACUAACUCAGGACGAACUGACGCUCAUGUUCCGCAAGCGGCUCUCUGGCGACACGCUCCUCGGCUACAGCUUUUACAACUCACCCUCCGAAACCAUCCUUACCGCGCCUUCAGAACAGCCGCGAGCGCUCGUAUACAGCGCCGUCAAUACUAUUAAUGGCGUCAUUACCGACGUCGGCGUCUACAACGUGGCCGCCGCGCCCGACGUCACCGCGGCUGCUUGGGCUACCAGCGUACGAAACGGAACGCGCCGCCACUGCUUUAACCACUCGGCUUACCCGGAUGAGCAGCUCACCGAGGACGCCUUCCAGAGCAACGUGCCGUUGGCCGGCGUCACGUAUAUGCAGGUAUACACCACCAAAGAUACUAGCCUCCUGCGCAGCAUCAUCCUGACCUACGACAAUGGCAGCCAGCGCGCGCUCGGCAUGUGCUGUGUCGCCACCGACAUUGAUGCCGUGCGCGAGUACGCCCGCCCUGUACGCCUCUGCUUUAAGAGUAACCGCGAGACGGGCGUGACGCGCUUGCGUAUCAUCACAGAGGGCGACCUAGGUACGCCAGCCGCCGAUGGCCACGACGACUGCGCAGGCGGCGAGGAUCCCGGCGAGGGCGAGGAGGCCGAUGACCCGUAUGCCGUUGUGCGCGCGUGCUGUCUCAUGACCGGCCGCCUCGAGUUUGCCAUCGACAGCGACAGGCUUUGCCUGGAACACUUUGCCGAGGAGGAAGAGCCGGACGAGGAGAAGGACCCAGACGACGAAGAUGUGGAUGUGUGGUGA